CUGCACUAUUUUUGUAGUUCCUCCAUUUGACUAGGCUGUUGUUCUGACUGUGAUGUAUCCUCACAAUCCGUAUUUUGGGUUGGCUCCUCAAUAUUAUGGAUUCGUUGGCAUUGCUCCCAUGGCACCAAUGGCCAUACCCCCUCCACCACUGGUUACUGUGCCUACGGUAAUCCCACCACCGAAUGUUGCCGCCCCGGUUGUGCCUGCAGUUGCUGAAACUCCAAUUUAUGUGAGGGAAAAGCCUCCGGUCACCACUGUUUUUGUUGGCAACAUAGCUGAAUGCGCUCCUGAUCAACUCAUAAAGGCGCUUUUAAUGCGUUGCGGAAACAUCCUAAGCUGGAAGCGAGUUCAGGGGGCAUCCGGAAAGCUCCAGGCUUUCGGCUUUUGUGAAUACGAAGACCCUGAAUCCACCAUGAGAUGUGUACGUCUCCUAAAUGGUUUUAAAGUUGGUCCUAAGGCCUUGCUAGUAAAAGUUGAUCCGAAGACCGAAGAUUUGUUAAACGAAUAUAGAAAAAAGAAAGAAAAGGUGGGCGAAGAGGGCACUUUGGGUGCCACUUCUGACGAGAUCGACCAAUCGACUCAACGAGAUGAUGAAACCGUUAAGACAUCGCUUGAAAACAUUAUCAAAGAGAACAAAGCUAUGCUAGAGGAUGAGGGUGCUGCCAAGAAACAAGACCUUCACAUGGAGGGACCGCGUCACCUUACUAUUGAGGAUAUGGACCUUGACAACGAUCGUAAAGAUCUCAUUAACCGUGAAAUUGAGAGCUUUCGUAAACGAAACGAGGUAAAGCUAACUUUUAGUGUUUUUGGUACAGAUUACAGUGCCGACUGAUUUUCUGAACCUUUUUGUUUGUGAAUGGGUAUAAAUUUGAAUCCAUUUUAAUUCCCUUUUGCAAUAAUGUAAGUUUACUUCCUAUAUUACGUAAAUAAGGUCAGUUAGUGUUAGUUCGGCCCAUACGCUUAGUUUUUUUUGCGUCUAAGCAUAAUGGAAAUCCCUUACAUGGGAUAUUUAAUUAACUUUUAGCAUGGCGUGUGUCGUGUCAAUCCUCAGUUGUCUGCCCAUGUCAGUAUCGAAGGAAGACCAGAAUGAUAACAAACAUUCACGCUCGAAAGGUACAGAUUCUGGACGCUCAAGCUCUACAAACUUGCAAUUACAUUCGUCAUAUUCUCUGAAUGACCGGGUUGAUCGUGAAUACCGCCGAGAGAGAGGUCGCCGAAGUAGGAGUCGCUCAGGUUCAUUGACUUCUAGGUCACAGAGACCAAUAACUAGUUGUUUUUUGACGUCGAACAAGGAUAUUGAUAAUGAAGAAGAAUCAAUCAAGAAGAAGUUAGAGAAAAAGCUUCGCGAAAAAGAAGAAUCAUACCAGAAGAGACUAAAGCAGUGGGAAAUUCGUGAACGAAAGAAGGCCAAUGAAUAUGAACAUGAGAGAGAUCAUGAAAGGAAACGACAACGUGAAUUGCAGAUCGAAGCUCAAAGGCUAAAAGAGUUUUUUGAAGAUUAUGAUGACAAUGUAGAGGAUCCUAAAUAUUACAGAGGCAGUGCCCUCCACCAGCGUUUGAAAGAUCGUGAAAUUGAAGAAGCGGCUGAUGAACGUGAUCGACAAAAGGAAAUCGAGCAACUUGAAACAGCUCGUCGAAAGCUAAUUGAAGAGGGUGAUCCGAAUGCAGAAUCCAUUAUAUUUCAAAUGGAACAAAAAAUGCAGGAGCAUCUCAGAAGAUGUUUACUGGUCAAUGGUGAUAUGUCCAUCGAAUCAAGUGAUAACCAAUGUCCUGAACCGGUUAGUGAAAAUUUGCCGAGCGCUGAAGAUGAGGUAAGUUACAGCUCGAUUAUAGUGUGUGCUAUAGGGUAAAUGUUAUCAGUUAGUUCUUUGUUCAAAUCCAUAUGCUAAGUCAUUUGUUUGUUUAUCACAUAAUUAGAGUUCUUUCUACACUUCGUUUUUCUCGUAAUAUUAUAUGUUCUCUUUUAUAGCAGUAGUCUAAAUCAAAACAAGCUUUACAAAGUGUGCAAAGCAAUUCAUUAUUGUGGUUCAGCUUUCAUGGAUUUCGAACAAUGUUAUAAAGUAAUUGUUUUUGAAUUUAACAGUUCAAAGCAAUCCUUAGCGUAUAGUUGAUGCAUACGUGAAGUUUUAUGUUAUUUGAUAACAUACUGUUUCCAAGUAAUGUAUAGUACUACUAAACUCUUCGUCGAGGAACCUUGGAGGUACAACGAAUAAGUGCAGUUAUUUCGGUAGUCAGUUUUAUUAAGUUACUGAUUUACUAGUAGUCUUAUUCGUUAUACUAUAAAAGGGGUAGUUCACAAAAAAUUAGUACUUGGAACAUUAAUCUAAAGGGUCUUUUCCAUUUAACUGAUGUUUUUCAGUACGAUUUCAAGUGUUUUGCUAUUUAGGUUUGUGGUUUUUGUGAUCAGUAUAUUGUGAUUCUGUUUUAGUCUAAAAACCUCGAGUGUGUGGUUAAGUCACUUGAAACCAAUAAUUUAUCACCUGCAUGCAAUGGCGUUACCUCUGAGUUCGAACCUGCUGCUCCUGAAGAGACGUCUGUCAGUUUACUGAAGGAUGGUUCCAAUACAUUUUUAUUUUCAAUGAGUGCAGUUGAACCAGUAGUUCGCAAAACUGCAUCGGCAUUCGCUGAUGAAGAGCAGGAUGAGAAACCGAAAAAACAUGGUCUUUCAUGGCUGCCACCGUCAGCUUUAAAGGCUAAUUCAAUAUCCAAUCCUUCAAAUGGAGGCGAUUCAAACCAAAAUGAUUCAAACAACUUACCACCAGUUUCAGCAUUGUCAACAGAAGAAAAAAAAGCAAUUAUCAAAAGAAUUAUUGAGGGGAUACCAACUCACAAAAGAGAAUUAUUUGCUUAUCCUAUUGACUGGGAUAUGGUUGAUGCCGAUUUCGUCAAUUCUCGAAUAAAGCCUUGGGUAGAUAAGAAGAUUGUAAGUUAUAUCGGAGAAGCAGAAGCAACAUUAUCCAGUUUCAUAUGCGAUCAACUACUACACCACAAUCCACCAGAACGUAUUCUUGCUGACAUUGCCAUGGUUUUAGAUGAGGAGGCAGAAGUAUUUGUUGUAAAAAUGUGGCGUCUGUUAAUAUAUGUGAUUGCAGAGAAAAAAGCUGGACUUAGUGCUUAAAUAACAUACUCAGAUAACUUACUUUUGUACAAAUGUUUUUUAUUCUGAUUUGUAUAAAUAAAUUGUAUAAAUUAUCCAGGACUUUUCUUUUUCUUUUACGUUGCUUUUUGUAUCCCCUAAUAACUACCAUAAAUGUUCGUAAUCCACUUUAGACGUACAUAUCAUCCACAAAUCUUCUUUGAAUUUCAGGAUAAGGUUUAUCACUUUUGCGUUUUCUUUUGUUCUGCAUUUGAAUGCAUGUGGCUAUUUAUAAACCUUGAGAAUUUCGUACCACUAGACAGUAGCAUACAGUCAUGCAGCGUAAAACCUAUUUUCAUUUCUGUGUAACCACUUACAUGUAGAAUAGCAGAAUAAAGCGAAUUUAUUAACUAUCAGAUUUGUGAAUUUUGGCAUAUGAUGAUCGCGUUUCUAUGUUGUAGGUCACUUAUGCUCUUCUUGGUUCCCUGUUACGUGUCGAGAUGAUCACCACCAUAUUAUUAGUAUUUGGAGUAUAAGUGUGCUGAAGAUGGUACGCGGUGUUUUAUUUUUCACUUGGAAAAACUGACUUACUCUAGGUUAAUAUUAUUCUAACUUAGUUUUCGGUUUUGCUGACUUCGGAUGUAGUACGAAUAUGCUAGCAAUGUGGCUUAUUGACUCGCAUUUUUUAGACUAAUUCUAUCUGCAUUGACGCUAAACAUAGUUAUUUGAUUUUCGAUGAAUCCAGUUGAGAUUGAAAAAUUUAGACUGAAAGACACUAAUCCUGAUAGCACAAGAUACUUUUCAUUCUAUAAUACUGUCAACAUUUGAACUUAACCGAAUACUUUUAUUGUCAUUUUAUGACUACUGAUUCAAUAUAAUUUUUCGACGACUAAAAUGUAGAACAAGUUAAAAACCCGAAGAUUAUAAUUAGCAGUCACUCAUGACAUGUAGGCCAAAACGUUGGAUCUUCAUAAAUCAGAAUUUCUCAUGUUUCUUGAGUCUGUUCCGCGGAAUGGUUUAGGCACUAAAUCCCACAUAACCAACUCCGAAAUAAAUAUUUUAUACUAAAAUUUGAAUACCAAAAUUGUUUGCGACCUCAGCUGGGAAAUGUCUUCAUAAGAGACACACUAAUUUAACCUAUUUUUUUCAUUCAGACCAAUACAAAUUGCAUGAUUUCUAGCUGAUCUGUUCACUAAAUCCGUUACUUGACAGACUUUGGAACAUUCCAUGUUUUUCAUCACUGUAGAGACUUUAUAUAUACUCCAAGAAAUCGACUGGUUUUUCUUAGCAACCCUGAUUAUUUAUUGACAUGGAAACGUAUGUUUCGAGUUCAUAUCUAUAUUCAAGAGAGUUGGUUAUUAAACAGUAUUUAGUAGAAUGGAUUUGGCUUUUCAGAUUUUUUGUUAGUUGUUAUUGGUUUCAGAACAUUCAUGUAUCAAAUUAUAGUCACUUCCCGAUUUCACUGGAGGUAUUUACAAAUGCAAAUUACCUAUCAACCUAGUUUGUGUUCCGUUCUAACAUUUAUUAUUAAGAACGUUGGAAGCUCUAAUUCAUGGGGUUAUAACCCUUCUCUGACAGGUCUGGAAAGUCUAGUUUAGUGAAAUAAGUUUGGGAUUUCACAAUCCAUUUAUUUUAACAGCAUAGAACCCUGGUUAUCUGGAUAACUUCCAUAUAAACACGAUGUAAUCUUUUAAUUUAUAUCAAUAUUGCUUAGAUGGUUGUAAUUAGUCGAAAUUGGAUUGUUGUCAUCAGAUCUCAAAUAAUUAAUAAUCAGCGAAUCCGAUCGGAUAAUACUAGGGGUUACCCAGAAACAAUUCCUUAUUAGUACUGACACAAUAUGUAUUAUCAUGUUGUUAUUAGUAGCUAUGAUUCGUGUUAUUUGAAGUAACGAUUUGAUAUUGAAACUUUAAAAUUUACGGCAGAUGGUUUUAAUUAUUUGUGACUUUGGAUUGGGCGUAACUUUGGAUUAACACAAAAGGACUGUUGUGCAUUUAUUCGACCUUUUGUGUUGUAGUAUGGAUGUGAUACAAACUGGUCUUUUUUUUAUCCCCUGAUAGCGCAGAUUCAGUAUAUCUUAAGAUACGCAAAGUUCUUGCAUUUGAAGAUGAGCACCGUAGCAUUGUCGUCUUAAAACCAUACAUAUGUUUACAACACUGUUUGCCAUAUUUCUUCACUUUAUUGUUGGUCGGAGAAUCACGUUUUGUGUUUCUUUUGAUUACUCUUGUUGCUGUUAGCAAACUACAUGUUUCGCAUUUUUGCGAAACUGAAUACACCUGAUUGAUUUGCUCUUCUAGUAGCAUUCAGAUUCUUUACAUUCAAAAGUUGAAUCUUUAUCCAGUUUUUACGAAGUAAUUGUGCAUGUGUUUCUUGGCUUUCAUUUCAGACCUCAGGAACUCCCGUGAGUGAAUCGAAUUCAUGCUUGAAUGAAGGCUUAACAAUGCGACGAGGUUUAGUUGGACGUUUGUUUCUUCUUCUUCGGCCAAUUCGUUCUCAGUUCAGUUACUGGAUUAUAAAUCCAAAGCCUUUCUGCCCAUUAACAAACUGCAACAAAUCAUUUCGUGUUCCUGGCCUGUUUACUCUUAUUGUUUUUGGGAUACCAAUUUCGUUGUCGCUCGAUUAUUUAAUUUUGCCCCUUUCUCUCUUAAUUUCUGUUUUAUUAUUGUUACUUGCUUUAUGGUUUUGUUUUCAGUACCUAGAACAGACAAUAGUUUAUGCUUGUGAUGAACCACCGUCUUCGAAAUUUUUAUACAUGAAUCCAUCAUUUUUUGGAUUUUCUACAUGGGAAUUGGUAAAAUUAUGUCCUAAUGGCAACACUGGGCCAACAAUUAUUGGUUUCCUUCUUCUUCAGCCUGAUUUAUGUCGCAGAAAGUCUUGUCCAGUUGUGCUUCUUUUGCAUGGAAAUGCAGGAAACUCUACUACCCGGCUACCAAUGUGUCAAGUUUUAGAAAACCGUUUUCAAUGUAAUAUUUUUAUUAUAGACUAUCGAGGUUAUGGUCAGAGUGCCGGAAAGCCAAGUGAAGAGGGCUUAUAUGCAGAUUGUACGUGUGCUCUUAAUUAUUUAUACAUGAGAAGUGAUCUGAACAAUGAAAAAAUAUUUGUACUUGGUCGAUCAUUGGGAGGAGCGUUAGGUAUUUAUUUGGCAGUGAAUCCUAUAUCAAGUGACAAAAUAUGUGGUGUUAUUAUUGAAAAUACGUUUACAUCUAUCACUGAUGCUGCAAGUCAUAUCCUCAAUAUACCCUGUAAAUUGCCCACUUGGUUGUUCUCAAAUCAAUAUACCUCCUUGGCUAGACUUCAAAGUUGUAGCAAAUCUAGAAAGAAAUCCUCAGCUUUCCCACCUCUUUUGCUUAUCUCAGGUGAGUUGGAUAAUAUUAUUCCACCAAAAAUGAUGUGGAAGCUUGCUGAAGCUUAUGAAAAUAUAGUGACAAAACAGCAUAUUCGAAAUGAGUGUAGUUCGAGCGUAAUGUACGACGACUCCCCAAACCCUAACUCGCUUUCCCAAAACCCAGUUACCUUCAUUAAUUCUGGAAGAGAUGGUCUUGUGAGUUUUCCGGAUGGUCAUCAUAAUGAUACUUGGCUUUGUAACAAGUGGUCAGACGUUAUUUUACGUUUUAUCGAGCAAUCCAGCGUACAUAUCAGAAGUACUGUCAACGAAAUUGAUCUCAAUGUAUCUGUUUGAUCACUUUGUCCUUUAUUUUUUUCUCGAAAAUUUUUAUACAUUGUGCAUUAAUUAUUUUGAAUAGUUUUUAUAGCUUGAUUUCGUGGGAACGUUUAUAGUUCAACUAUCCUUUCUCUAGAUUAUGAAGCAUAAAUAUCAGAUUGAAUAACGUUUUCACUUUCCACUCUUUUAGACCCGAGUGUGUUACGGUCCCAGUUAGUGUUUACAUGCUUAACUAAUUUCAGUACUGUUAAUUGUUGACAUACGAAUUCUGUAAAACGUUUCUCUUCUAUCCCGUGCUUAGUAUCACGGUGUACUCUUCCAAUUUCAGUGUAUGUAUUACUUAAGAUACUUCUACUCAUUUCAUGUUGUAAGUUUGAAGUAAAUCAUGUUUGCGUGGGAUUUUUAUGUUUCCAGAGCUAUAAAUGAACACUCACCUUGAGAGUAACUCUUAAUUUUGGCCUAUGCUGGAAAAUGGGAAUCGUUGUUACAAAUAAUUUAGGCGAUAUUCAUUGGUGUCGGUUAUGAUUAAUUGAUUUUCACCAUUGGUAAACUGCUAUCUAAGUGGUGUUCGCUAUCUACCAUGAGGAACCUCAGGUGAUUGUACAUAAACUACACAGCCACAAAUAUCAGUACGGUUAUAAAAAUGGUUCAUCUCGCUUCUAUUGGCAGACUGAUAAAACAAUCAUUGGACCUUAAUUUAUACUGGUCCUCAUUAUCAGUAACUUUAAAUCAUUAAUUGUAGAACAACUGUCAAGCUAGAUGUAAUAGUCGAGUAAAGUUCGCCAGGGAGAUGCCUCUCGACAAACAAUCUAUCGGUUAGUUUGGUUAGUGUUUGGGAGGUGAUUAUUAAUUUGCUACAUCCAUGUUUUGAUUGCAGUAUGCAGAAAGUGUGAUACUUACUCAUAUUGAAUUUUUUAAGCUAUGAACGAUCACUGCGAUCUUUACUGAUGUACUUCUCCGAAGCGUGGCGUUGACAUUGCUCUUGAAAUUUCUAUUGUUUGGUAUUUCGCGAGUUUUUU